AGUGAUUAUCUCCUGGGUAUAGGAUUUUUUUUUUAUGCAGAACAAAUUUUCUAAAGGUUUCUUCUUUUUUUAGUCUGGGAAUGUCUCAAAAAAGAACAAAUCAAUGCAGCUCUCUUUUCAAGUCACAAUAUAAAAAAAAAGUAUAAAAAAGCAUCCAUCCUUUAAUAUAAAAUGUACAAUAACGAAAUUGAUUUUAAAGAAAUUGAAUUGAAAAAUGCGUCGUGAUACUCAAGAAAAAAUUGCUCAAAUGCAUGAACAAUUGGUUCAUAUAGCUCAAAGAUGUUCACAAACUGCCCAUUCUGAUUAUACGGCUGAUGAUAUUCGUAAAUUACAAAAUAAGUUAAGUCAUAUCGAUCAAAAGUAUCAGGAAGGUAUACUUCAUGCCCAGUCGCAACAAAACAUCUCGGAGGAUCCAUAUGAAAUUCCUGGAGAAGCACAAAUCGCUAAUGAAUUGAACAUCGUUCAUGAUGCUAUCACUUCCAUGCUACAGAACAUAGAACAACAAUGAAUAGUAAUGUGAUGAAAUUGUAAAUAAAAUAUAAAAAAAAAAGCAUAUGAUUCGUUUUUACCAAACAUAUCAAUGGUUAUGUUGCAAAUGACUGAAACAUCAUUAUCACCCCUUUCAUUUCCAAAAUUCAACCAAUCAUUCAUCCCUCCAUUUUUUUUUUAUUUUAAAAAAAA